GAGCUCGUAUCAUAGGUCUGCCCAUCCCGCUUCCUUCACUAUUCAUCACCUCCUCCAUCCCCUACCCAUUCCUGCCAUCCGGAGAUUGGGUGAGUGAGUGAGUGAGUGAACUUCCGCAAUGUCUUCGCUUCGGGAUCUGCUGAAUCCGGCCUCCUCUGGUCCCUCCUCGCCCGUCCAUACCCGCAACGCAACACCUCCCCCUCGGCGGCUCCCGCAAACCAAUGCCCAGGAAGCAGCGAAUACCUUGACGUACUUUGCGAGCAUUCGUGAGCAUAGGCAACUCAGCCCCCAGUCGAAUACGGAAGCAGCGCCCCGUGGAUCCUCAGAUACAGAGACUGUAGAAUCGUCGUCCCCGGCUCCCCCAGUAUCACCCGGAAGGAUACCUGCGGGGUCCCCGCUGCGGGGCGUGACGACGACUACUACGACAAAUGGCUAUGGCCAUAGUAGCCCCAAUGAUAGAGAUGCGAUCGGGGAACAGGACGAGGACUACGAGAUGGGCAUGGAGGGUGGUGUUGGUGUCGGCGGUGGUGGCGACGUGAGAGCGGAAUCGGAUAGAGCUUCCCCGGCAAACAUGGAAAUUCUACGCUCUUCACCACCAGCUACCACCUCUGCCUCUCCCCCAUCGACGACCGCUCCCACGCCCGCUGAUACAACAACCAUCGGUACGCCUGCAGCGGGGACACCAAUUGCAACGACGACAAUGCCACCGAAAUCCAAGAAGGCCAAAGUGGCCAAAGCGCCCGCCCCCAGGAAGAAGGGCGUUGCGAAGCUACAGAAAAAAAAGAGAAAGGCAGCGGCUGAUGGGGAUGAUGAUCUUGAAGACGAGACUACCACGAAGAAGAGACAGAUUGCGAAAAAGGGCGGGAAAAAGAGGGAGAGCGAGGCUCCUUCUGGGUAUAAUACAGAGACGGAUGACCAAGGCCCUGCUACUCGGGCUACGUCUGUCAAGAGGGAUACUACCCCUCUACAUCCUACUUCGCCGGAUAUUCCUCCUUCGCCAUUGGCGAGAUGUAAUUCUGCUGGCUUAGAGCUUUACUGCAUCUGUCGCGAGCCCGAUUCCGGAAAGUGGAUGAUUGCCUGUGACGGCAAAUGCAACGACUGGUAUCAUGGCGAAUGCGUCAAGGUUGCAGAACAGGAUGGCGAGCUAAUUGAUAAAUACUAUUGUAAGACCCCUCUACUGCUGCUGCUGCUGCUGCUACCAUAUUUGUACACUCAUAACUAACUAAAAAAACCAGGCCCAAGAUGCACCCACAAGGGCUACGGCCGCACAACCUGGAAGCGCAAGUGCCGCCUAACAACCUGCCGCCGACCAGCAGACGUGUCCAGGCGCCCUCCCUCAAAGUACUGCAGCGACGCCCACGGCGUCGAGUUCUUCGAACUCCAGCUCGACUCGGACCGAACCCGGUACACCCACUCGGAGAUUAGAUCACUAACCUCCGCCGUCACCAAUGCAGCCGCUUUCCGCCGCCUGGGCGACCGCAUGCCAACGCCACCGCUUUCGGACGAGAACUGGAAGGACUACCCCGAGGAAAUCGAGCGCUUGGAAAAAAUAGCCCAAGAGAAGAAAGCGCUCAAUAACCGCGCGGAGGCGAACGAGGAUCGCGCACUAUAUAUCGACUGGGCCAAAGACCGGGCGAAGCGUGUGCACGAGGAGAUGAAGGCGGACCCGGAUGUUAAGCACACGGGCAAGGAGAUCUGCGGCUUUGACGAGCGCCUCGCGCUCGACGAGGGCGAGUGGGAAGUAUGGCGCGCAAGCGCUGAGGGCAACGAAGUAUUCGACAACCGCCGCAUCGACGGCCGCGAUGUGUGCAUCCGGAAGAAGUGCGAGCGCCAUGCCAACUGGCGAUCCAUCUUUGCGGACGAAUCCCAGUUGCAGGGCCGUCUUGUCAGCGAGCGUCUGGUCCAGCUCAAGCACGAAGAGCGCAAAAUUAAGGACCGACAGAAGAAGCGGAGUAUUCGGGAUUCUAGAGAGGGGGUGGUGGAGACGGGGCCUUGGUUAUCUUGAGCCGAGUGGGUUUUUUUUAUUACUCUGAUGCUGGGUUUCUUUUCUGUGAAAUUAAGGGUUCGGUCGUACGUACAAACAAAAAGUGGAUUUCCUUUCCCCAUCCCCCUCAUAUCCGGUACUGCCCCGCCUCACCUAUUUCUUCUCAUUUCUUGUUCCUUCUUUUUUUUUUGCUUUUUCUCUUCCUUCCGUUUCUCCCUUCUCCCUUUCUUUCCAUGUAUGCCCGUUCACAGAGUCCGGUAUUGCUUUCAUCUCACGAUGUUGCAUGACACGACAUACGACCUGUUUUGGCUUAUUUCUUUGUUACCAUUGAUACUUUUUUGAUCCGGGUCUGGGCAACGCCGUUUGUUCGAUUGUAUGUUAAUUUUACUUAUGCUUCGUGAAUGGAGUACUGUAUCUUUGUUUG